UAUUACAGGCUAGUUAGCUUUUGCCCUGUUUUAGUUACCGCUAUUAUUUUUUUUACUGAACAACCGUUAUCCAUUGUCGUUUUCUGUUUAUAAGUAACUCUAACCUGUUACAAACGACUCAUACGUGUUUUUGAAAUCUAUACGUUACGUUACCUCAUAUAUUUCUUACUAAGCAUUUUGUUUUACUAGUUCUUGUUUAUUUUCCACUGGUCCUGUUGCGCACCUUUCACGUAUAGCAGAGGGCUUGUUAUUCCUCACUUUUGGCACCUUUUUUUGCCUCAGUAAUAUUUACAUGGCUGAUGAAUCAAUAAUGUCCCAUGCUCUUUUCGAGCAAAUUCGUCCAAUAUUGAUAUCUGUUCUGGAAGAGGCAAUGCCUGCAAUAGUCAGAAUCAUGGAGCAAGCCUUAUCUUCUCAAUCUGUUUCACCACCUGAAGAGACCAGCAACCUUCCAUCCAUAAAUUCACCUAACUGGGAGGCAGAGACUGGAGAAAGGACCAAAAAGAGUAAAAUACCUGUAAAAAGGACUCAGUCCCCACUACCUGGAGAGGACAGAAUUCCCUCCCCAGAGGCUAAACGGAGUAAAAGACAUUCCAGCUCCAGGAGAAACGUAUCAGAGCCUAAGGAUACACAUAUGCCAAAUGUCCACUCCAAUAUGGACAAUCAACCAGGAACCCGCUAUUCUGAGGCCUCAGAUACAGGCAAUCCUCAUCAAAAUGUUAUUUCCAGACCAGCUCAAUAUGUCUUAUCUUCCCAGAAUAAUGGUUGUCUCUUGGAUAGGUCUGGUGUCCCAUACUUUGAUCCCAGUUUUACAUGGGCACCUGCUGACCAUAUUGCCAGAUAUCUUCAGAAAUAUCUUAGAAAGCCACUUACUAAGCCACAACGUGAAUUUCUUCAGAGAGAAUGCCCUCGCCCUUACCUGGCAGGAAUGGAGGCUACCACCCCAGAGUUUGACUGGGAAAUGAAGUUCUUUAUGUUAGCUUAUGGCAGAGUUCCACAAAGUAGAGCGGAUAAAUGCCUGCAAAGUGUUCAAGACAGGCUCCUUGACAUUACAGGACCUCUCGCCCAGAUAUUUCAACUAGCCGAGGAGGCUAUAUGCACAGGUUCCAGAUUAGAUCCCUUUGCCAUCAGCGGAUUGGCUCAAAGGGCAAUUUGUCUUUUGGGGAAUGCAAAUGUGUCCUUUAAUGUUUUGCGCAGACGUGCUGCCCUUGUUAAAGCAAACCCCAGACUUGCAGAUUUGUCUCGAAAAGAACCAGGCUCUGCUGCCAAAGGCUUGUUGUUUGGCAACUCAUUUAUUAGACAUAUUAAUAGAUAUGUCCCUGCUUUAACCUCAGGCAGGUCUAGAAGAUACCGGGGCAGUCUGCCCAGCCGUCCGGUAUAUUCAAGCCGCAGUAGGCAACACCUUGACCCAAGACGUAGACAGCCUAAUUCUGGCAGAAGGCUAUUCCCAUCCAGAGAUCAGCCUGAACACUCUAGAAGAAUUCACUCCCAGGUUAGGGGACAAUCAAACCAAGUCUGAGCCAUGGAUUUCUCAUUCACCUGGAUGACAGUUGACUCCAGUCUGUUCUGAUCUGCUGAUGUUUUGCUGUCUUCUUCAAUUUAAAGUUACUCCAGAAGUUUGCUGAGCUGCACAUCAAAGAAAAACAGAAUGUGUGGGACUGUUUGUUGCACUUUCUCAUUGGUUGUUUUGCUCACACUAUAAAUGUGUGGGACUGUUCAGCGGGUUAUGCUAAAUAUGCACUCUCUAAGUGCAUGAGUUCUUUGUUUAUUAAGUUUUAUUUGUUUACUACAUUAUCUGUUAUCCUUUUGAGAAAGUUUUGAGUAAACAGAUUAAAGUAAA